CCCGCGAGCCCAACAAUGCUUGGAAACAUCGAAACGAAAAGAAGGAAAAGAAUCAUGAGAACCCAACGGCCUCAACUCCUCCUCUCCCUCAUCGGCGCAACAUUACUCUUCCACCUCCAGCCAAUCCCAGCCGUCGGAGACCCCGAUCCCACGGGCUCAACCAACGACAUAGAAUUCAUCCGUACAAGCUGCGGCACAACGUUGUACCCGGACCUCUGCUACACCUCGCUGUCCCGCUACGCCAACGCCAUACAACAAAACCCGGCUCGGCUGGCGAAAGUAGCCAUAUCAGUGAGCCUAGCCAAGGCGCAGCGCAUGGCCGCCUACGUGUCAAACAUCUCCAGCCAAGCCGACUACGGCGCCGACCCCCGGGCCGCGGGGGCGCUCCACGACUGCUUCACCAACUUCGGGGACGCCGUGGACGAGAUCCGCGGCUCGCUGAAGCAGAUGCGCCAGGUGGGCGACACAGGAGCCGCGUCAUUCAGGUUCCAGAUGAGCAACGUGCAGACGUGGAUGAGCGCGGCUCUGACGGACGAGGACACGUGUACGGACGGGUUCGAGGACGUGAGUGAUGGUUCGGUGAAGACGGACGUGUGUGAUCGGGUGGCGAAGGCCAGGAAGUUCACGAGCAACGCGCUUGCGCUGGUGAACAGUUAUGCCGCCAAGGGGACGCCUUGAUGGGUUUGUUAGGUGAAUUAGAACAGAAUAGCGUGAUUGAUACUACGUUAAAUUUAUGUUUUUUUGAGUGUCUCAAAAGUUCAAAGUUGUAUAUAUUUGGGCUUAAUUUCCUUCCUUUUUUUUUUCUUUUUUAUUAUUGUGUAUUAAUUUGGUGUGCUUGUUCCUUCUUUCCUGAAUGAAAGAAAGAGAAUAAGGAAGCUUCCUUUUUUGUUU